ACUUUGCCCAGUUGCUGAUAUGGAGCAGGUGCCAGCCACAGGCAGACUGGUGCAGAUCACCGUGGCCGAUGGAUAUGAUGUGAAAGGCUUUAAAGGAGAAACUCCAGUUACCUUUAUUCGUGCGGAAUUCAAUCAGGUGGUUCUGGGGGACUCUGCCAAAAUAACCGUUUCUCCAGAAGGAACUGCAAAAUACAAUUUCACCAGCAGUUUUGAGUUUAAUCCUGAAGGGGGAAUCACUUUAGAUGACAUCGCCCACAAACCUGUGUUCUUAACCAUGAAUGAAGUUUUGCCAAAGGAAAAGAAGCAGAAAGAUGAGAAGACCUUGGUUCUUGGCCAAGCGGUGGUGGAUCUUCUUCCUUUGCUAGAAGGAGAGAGUUCGUUUGAACUGAAGGUUCCGUUGCACCCGGUUCUGGGCUCACCCUUAGAAAAUCUUCGACCAGGUGUUAAGCAGUGCAGUCUGGCAGUUAAGGUGUUUGUGGCGGAGCCCUUGCUGACCACAGCUCAGGUCUUAGGGGGCAACCUUCUGAAGGUCACCCUGGAGGCCGCCUACUCCGUACCCGAGUCCUUCAUUCCCCUAGGGCCCCUGCAGAACUACAUGGUUGGUCUGCAAGUGCCAUCCCUUGGAGAGAAAGAUUAUCCUAUUUUAUUCAAGAAUGGAAUUCUGAAGCUUGGAGGGGAAAAAGAACCUGUUCCUCGGCCCAAAAAAUGGCCUAUUGCCAAUAUUUUGGCUCCAGGGGCUAAUAAUAUUCCGGAUGCGUUCAUUGUUGGUGGUCCCUAUGAGGAGGAAGAAGGAGAACUCAACCACCCUGAGGACAGGGAAUUUAGAAACCAAGCAGAAUGCCUGAAGAAAAGGAUUAUCUGGGACCUGGAAAGUCGCUGCUACCUGGAUCCUUCUGCAGUGGUCAGUUUCCAGAAACGAAUUGGAGAUUGUCGGCUUUGGCCUGUAGAGAUCACAAGAGUGCCUCUGGUUGCUGCGCCUAAAGGGAAGGCUGGCAAGUCAGAGAAGAUUGAGGAUGAGAGUCAGCCUUCAUUUCAUGGUGUGGCUUAUGUUAACAUGGUGCCGCUGCUGUAUCCAGGUGUGAAGAGAAUCCGGGGAGCUUUUCAUGUUCACCCUUACCUAGACAGUACAGUUUAUGAAAAGACCAAGUGUUUAUCUAGCUUAUUCCGGGAUACUGCCCAUCAUUUGAUUCAGAAUAAUAAAAUAGGAGGAAUUAAUUCUCCAUUGGCCAAAGCAGUUGUCUCCAAGAACCUAAAAGAAGAUAAAACAGUCAAAGAAAAGGACAUAGAUGGCAAGUUUAAGCCUACAGAUGCAGAUGUCAAUAAAGUGCAAGCACCUAGUAUAAAAUCACAGAGCUCAGAUACUCCUUUGGAAGGUGAACCCCCUCUCAGCCACAAUCUGGAAGGACAGCAAUAUGUGGAAGCGGGUACGUACAUUGUGCUGGAGAUCGAGCUGGACAAAGCCUUGGUGCCAAAACGCAUGCCAGAGGAGCUGGCCAGGCGGGUCAAAGAAAUGGUUCCUCCAAGGCCCCCUCUUACCCGUCGGACAGGAGGGGCUCAAAAGGCUGUGAGUGACUACCAUGCACAGAUCAAGAAUAUUUCUAGAUCCAUCUUGGAUGAGUACCACAGAAUGUUUGGCAAACAAGUGACCAAACUUGGAAGUGAUAUAGAUAGUGAAACUUUAGAGGAACAGAAGUGCCAGCUCAACUAUGAGCUGAAUUGCUCUGGAAAGUACUUUGCUUUCAAAGAACAACUUAAGCACGCUGUGGUAAAGAUUGUGAGAGAGAAAUACUUGAAGACAACAUCGUUUGAAAGCCAGGAGGAAUUGCAGACAUUUAUAAGUGAGCUGUAUGUGUUUUUGGUGGAUCAGAUGCAUGUGGCCCUAAACCAGACCAUGCCAGAUGACGUCCAAGGCACGGUCUCAACCAUUCCCACGAGCAGCGACCAGCUUCGACUCUUUGCAUUUGAAGCAGAAGUCAAUGAGAACUUUGAAAUGGCAGCGGUGUAUUAUGAAGAGAGGUUAGUCCGUGAGCCCCAGAACCUGGAUCACUGGAUAGAUUAUGGUGCCUUCUGUCUGCUAACUGAGGACAACAUCAAAGCCCAGGAGUGUUUUCGAAAAGCCCUGUCACUCAAUGAAAGUCACAUCCAGAGCUUGUUGCUGUGUGGUGUCCUGGCGGUCAUGAUGGAGAACUACGAGCAAGCAGAAAUUUUUUUUGAGGACGCCACCUGCUUGGAACCCACUAAUGUCAUAGCCUGGACUUUGCUUGGCUUAUACUAUGAAAUUCAAAAUAAUGAUAUUCGAAUGGAAAUGGCAUUUCAUGAGGCCUCCAAACAGCUUCAGGCACGAAUGGUUCAGGCACAAGUAUCAAAGCAAAAGAGUGUUGGUACUGUAGAGUACACAGAAGAAGGAAAGAAAGUAGAAUCCGUCCUGAGUGCUUGGGCAGCCACAAGUGGUUCUACAGUGGCAUUCAAGACAGAAGCCCCAGCAGCUCCAGGAACUACACUAUCCAUUCUUGAUGAAUUUCUUGAAGAAUCCUCCAAACUGCAGGCCGAAUCACAAGAACCCACUUUGGCUUCACAACCUCAGGAUCCAAAUGUGGGCCUAAAGCCGUCCAACACAUUUCUUAAAGAAGCAUCAGAGAAAAAAGAAGCCUCAAAAUGUCGAGAAUCAUCAGCCUUUCUACAUCCCAGCCCUUAUUUUGGUGUUUCCCAAACGCCCACCACCAUCUUCAUGGAGACCAUUCGCUUCUUGCUGAAAGUCAAUGCUGUGCAGUAUAUGCACAGAGCACUUGCCCAUGAGGUGUUAUGCCCUCAAGGAGGCCCCAGCUGUGAGUACUACUUGGUGCUGGCCCAGACACACCUUCUGAAGAAGGACUUUGCCAAGACAGAGGAAUAUCUUGAACUAGCAGCCCAGAUGGACUACCUGAACCCUAAUGUCUGGGGCUUGAAGGGUCAUCUCUAUUUUCUGAGUGGGAACCACGGUGAAGCCAAAGCCUGCUACGAGCGCACCAUUAGCUUUGUGGUAGAUGCUGCUGAGAUGCACUUCAUCUUCCUGCGCCUAGGGCUCAUCUACCUGGAAGAGAAAGAGUAUGAAAAGGCCAAGAAAACCUACCUGCAAGUCUGUAAAAGAUCACCUUCAUGCCUCACCUGGCUGGGCCUGGGGAUCGCCUGCUACCGGCUGGAGGAGCUCACGGAGGCUGAGGACGCGCUCUCUGAAGCCAAUGCCUUGAACAACUACAAUGCUGAAGUAUGGGCGUAUCUGGCUCUGGUCUGCCUGAAAGCUGGACGGCAACUGGAAGCUGAGCAGGCCUACAAGUACACAAUAAAGCUGAAAUUGAAAGAUGAGGCUCUGCUUGAAGAGAUCCACACGGUGCAGGAGACAGUUGGCUUUGGGAAUCCAUCUUUCUGAUAACCUGUGCAACUCUAGAACUUUCUACGUGGACUCGCGCAUUCCUUCCCAGAAAAAGUUUUCACCAUGUGAAGCGUGGAGCUGGAGAAGCACUGCUAACCACAGAGACCCAUCCACAUGUUUUGGCCUCUGGCUGUUACUGGAUGCUUUAUUCAUUAAGUAUAAACGAGAUUACAAUAAAAAGUGGAAGAAAGUUCAAAA